GUUGAUACUCGCUCAGAUGCUACCACUGUUCAGCCAGCUGGUGCAGUGCAGCAGACAUUUUCUGCUCCAUCUUCUUCUCUGAGUUCUUUGACAUUACAUGGACAAUCUGGAGGGGGGCCUUGGAUCCAGUCUGCUGAGGAAGCUUUCCUCCAGGAAGAAUCACCAGCGCAACAACAGCCCUCAGCCUCCAGGUGACAAUGAACAGGGGGCGAGUGGUGAUGACAGUGGGGCAGGCAGGCUCAGCCGCAGAUUCUCCCGAAUGAGCAGCAGACAUCAGUCCAGGGAUCCUCCAAGAGCUCCAGCUCAUCAGGAAAGGCCUCCUGCUCCACCUGUUCAGGAAGAUGAAAGGCUUCCUCCACCAGCCCUUGCAGUGUCUCCCCCUCCAGCACCUUCUCCUUUCCCCAUUCCCAUGGAUCGGCCACCUAAACGCCCCGACAAAUCCACGAAGCCCAAGCUCCCACCUCGGCCUCUUUCCAAGGUGUUCAGUAGUGAUGAACACGGAUCGGCUGUGUUGCAGGGUUUGGAUACUUUUCGAGGAGAUGAGACUCUGUGUGAUGUUGUCCUGGUUCCAGGAGACAGCACAGAAACUUUCCCAGUUCACAGAGUCAUCAUGGCUUCAUGCAGUGAUUACUUCAAGGCAAUGUUCACAGGAGGCAUGAGGGAGCAGGAGAUGAGAGAGAUCAAGCUGUAUGGGGUCACUAAAGCAGGCUUAAAGAACAUCAUAGAGUUCAUUUACACAUCCAAAGUCAGCCUUGACAUGGGCAACCUCCAGGAUACACUUGAAGCUGCAAAUUUCUUGCAAGUCAUGCCUGUUUUGAGCUUCUGCAACGAACUUCUGAGCAGUGAGAUUACCAUUGAUAACUGUGUGGAAGUGGAGAAGAUUGCUACAGACCUGCUUCUUGAAGACGUUCUGGUGAACAUAGGUAAGUUUGUGAGCCAGAACCUCACAGCGUUGGUUGAUUCUGGUCGCUACCAGCAGCUCUCAGAGACCAGCAUCGCCAAUGCUCUGGCCAGCAACUCGCUGAGCGGUUUUUCCGAGCUGGAGCUCUACCACAUUGCCAAAGGGUGGCUGGAGCACGACCCUCCCUCACGUCACUCCUCCGUUUACGCCUUGAUGCGCCACAUUCGUUUCCCACUUAUGAGCCCCAAUGAGCUGAUUCAGAUCUCCCAAGAUGAGGAGGAGGAAAGUGACUCCAUGAUGCGCUCUGAUACCGCCUGCGUGAACCUCCUGCUGGAGGCCAGUAACUACCAGAUGAUGCCUUACAUGCAGCCAGCCCUGCAAACCGAGAGGACGCAGAUUCGAUCAGACGCCACUCACAUCCUGGCGCUUGGAGGCGUAAUGAGACAACAACUGGUGGUGAGCCGGGAGCUGAGGCUUUAUGAUGAGAACACCGGCUACUGGAGGCCUCUGAAGCCCAUGGAUGUGCCUCGUUACCAACACGGGGUAGCUCUUCUUGGAGGCUUCCUCUUUAUUGUUGGAGGUCAGAGCACAUACGACACAAAGGGCAAGACGGCCAUAGACAGCGCCUAUCGCUAUGAUCCACGCUUUGACAAAUGGCUUCAGAUUGCCUCACUCAAUGAGAAAAGGACAUUUUUCCACCUCAGCGCUCUGAAGGGGAAACUGUUUGCAGUGGGAGGAAGAAACGCCUCAGGGGAAAUCGACACAGUGGAGUGCUACAACUUAAAGAAAAAUGAGUGGACCUUUGUAACCAACAUGGUGGAGCCUCACUAUGGGCAUGCUGGAACAGUUCAUGGUGGUCUCAUGUACAUCUCAGGCGGCAUCACCCGUGACACCUUCCAGAAGGAGCUUUGGUGUUAUGACCCCGUCGCCGACUCGUGGAGUCGAAGGGCCGACAUGAUGGAGCUCCGUGGCCUGCACUGCAUGUGCACCGUGGGGGACAGGCUCUAUGUGAUGGGCGGCAAUCACUUCAGAGGCAGCAGUGACUACGACGACGUCCUGGGAUGCGAAUACUACAGCCCGGACACGGACCAGUGGACGGUGGUGGCCCCGAUGCCCCGGGGCCAGAGCGAUGUUGGCGUGACGGUUUUCAACGGGCAGAUCUAUGUGGUAGGGGGGUACUCCUGGAACAGCAGAUGCAUGGUGGACAUCGUCCAGCGGUAUGACCCAGAGCAGGACGUGUGGGACAGGGUAUUCAAUGUGCUGGAGCCCCUGGGGGGGAUCCGGGCCUGCACAAUGACUGUUCAUCUGCCGGAGGGGUUGGUGGAUGAGGCUGAGAUACAAGAUUGCCUGUUACCCACGGCUAAGAACUGCUAGCCACACACACGGGGCUUUCCAGCUUACACCUUGCAAUUUGUGGGUUGUAACACAGGUUUCAUGUGCAAAAAAAGUCAGUUUGACUCAAAUCUUUUAACCUGUCAUCAUUUCCUGUCCUUUUUAUAAGCUGUUAGCCAUGUAGCAUCCUUCAUUCUCUGCUGCCUGUGUUAUUUCUAAGGUUUGCAAUAAAAGAUCAAACCAGCCUGGGGUCGUUUCA